AUGAAAUUCGGAUGUUCAGCUACUGUAGUAGCUGCAAGAGCUGCGCUUUCUAAAUCAACUUUGGUUAAAAGCCUCCGCCUUCAGCCUUUACCUGCAAAGAUGCUCACGAUUGCUCUCAUGGGAAUGGCUGCAGACCUCCUUGGGUCAAAAGCUGAAUACUAUUCUCUUAGAGUGGCAAUUGGGAAUAAAGUUUCUGAAACAUCUACUGGUUCUGUAUACAACAAGAUCUCUGAUGGUUCAGGCUUUGCUACAUGA